CUGUAUAUUCGACAGCGGUUCCUCCUCUGCUUAAACCGACGCGAUUGAUGGGGAACAUCUGAACUGAAUCGCUUGAUGAUUGACUUGUUCGAUUAACAGCCAGAGACGCAUUCCUUAUCCUCCUCCGACAACGGAGCUCCACCCGAGUGAACCAGAGACAGGCUUUGGGCGUAGCUGAGUUUUGAGCGCACUUGAACUCUUGCCCAUUUGUCACAUUACUGCCGCUGCUAUCAGCCCUGGGGAGAAUCCCCGUGGCCAGGAACAAUGGCGUCCCUGUCAGAGCAACACCGACAGAAGGAGUCGCAACAAAUGCCGUCAGCGCUGGAGAGACAGAGAGAGCCCAAUGCCCAACAGAGUACUGGGUCGGGAAAUGCGACGGUCACAGCGACAAUAGCAACUGCAACUGCGGAGCCAAAGCGGAAUUACAAGGGUUUCGUGGCUGGUGUGUUUUCGGGGAUUGCGAAGUUGAGCGUUGGUCAUCCCUUCGAUACUGUCAAGGUCCGGCUGCAGACAAGCAAGGAUUCACAUUUCAAGGGUCCCCUGGACUGUGUAUUACAAACUGUGAGGAAGGAGGGCGUGAGUGGAUUAUAUAAGGGUGCUACGCCGCCGUUGAUCGGGUGGAUGGUGAUGGAUUCUGUCAUGCUUGGCUCCUUGACGCUUUAUCGACGAUUACUUCUUGAACAUGUCUUCUCCAACCCUCGUAUCCGUCCUGCCCUCCCGAUUACUUCGACCGAUCCUCACACCCUACCCAGUUUUGGACAUGGAAUUGCAGGCAUAAUGGCCGGUACAACGGUCAGCUUCAUCGCAGCUCCUGUCGAGCAUAUCAAAGCUCGGCUGCAGGUCCAGUAUGCCGCUGAUAAGGCCCAGCGCAUGUACAGCGGACCAAUCGACUGUGUCUUGAAAGUCGUACGUAUCCUAGUUCUAGGUAGCAUGCAAGAAAGUACGCCGACUGACAGACCGCAGUAUCGCGCACAUGGUAUUCCAGGCGUCUACCGUGGCCUCUGCGCCACGAUGUUUUUCCGCUCCUUCUUUUUCUUCUGGUGGGGCUCGUACGAUAUUCUGAGCCGGUGGAUGAGGGAGCAAACCAAGCUAUCUACUCCGGCCAUCAACUUCUGGGCGGGUGGUAUUUCGGCCCAGGUCUUCUGGAUUACUUCCUACCCGUCCGACGUGGUGAAGCAGCGCAUCAUGACGGAUCCGUUAGGCGGUUCUCUUGGCGACGGGGAGAGAAGAUUCCGGCACUGGAAGGAUGCUGCUGUGACUGUUUAUCGCGAACGGGGGUGGCAGGGAUAUUGGAGAGGCUUCCUGCCGUGCUUUUUGAGAGCGUUCCCGGCGAAUGCUAUGGCUUUGGUUGCAUUUGAAGGCGUGAUGCGAUGGUUGCCGUGAAGAAUAUGAGUUUAGCCUACCUCGCGACUAGGACUCUACAUGAUAUGAGUCCUCUGUAAAGUGUAUAUACAUCAUGGAUAGUAAAGGCAUUUCUUCAGCAGUUUUGAUUUCUUGGCAUCCAGUACGAAGCAUGUGGCGUAGUUCAAAUCGUGCAGAAAGCGC